CGCCCAACAUUGCCUACUUUGGUUGCUUCUGUCUUCUUCUCUAUUAAUUAUCUCCCUCGCUGUGCCUCUCUCUCUCUCUCUCUCUCUGCUUUUCUUCUUCCUCUUCUUUGCUUUGCUAAGCUCAUAUCAUAUAAUCAUACACAUAUAUUAUCACAUACAUUGAUUCCCAGAGAAUUACAAGAGAAAGGACGAGUCUUUAAGGAUCAAAGCAAUGGCUCUCAGGCUUAGCUCCAUGAUCAACUUCCCAGCUCACAACGUCUCCUCUAAGCCCCACAAUCUCAGAUCUCCCAGGCCCUGCAUGGCCUCCACUCUCCACUCCAUUUCUAAAGAGACAGAAAAAGGAAAAAAGCCUUAUUCGCCCCCGAGGGAGGUACAUCUUCAAGUAACCCAUUCCCUGCCCCCUCAAAAGGUUGAGAUCUUCAAGUCGUUAGAAGGCUGGGCGGAGGAAAACAUUUUGGUGCACUUGAAACCUGUGGAGAAAUGUUGGCAGCCACAAGAUUUCCUACCAGAGCCGGAGUCUGAUGGGUUUUAUGAUCAAGUCAAGGAGUUAAGGGAAAGGGCAAAAGAAAUUCCUGAUGCUUAUUUUGUUGCCUUGGUCGGAGAUAUGAUUACUGAAGAAGCUCUUCCAACGUACCAGACUAUGCUUAAUACCCUAGAUGGAGUUAGAGAUGAGACCGGUGCAAGCCCUACAUCUUGGGGAAUAUGGAACAGGGCAUGGACUGCUGAGGAGAAUAGGCAUGGAGACCUUCUCAACAAGUAUCUUUAUCUCUCUGGAAGGGUAGAUAUGAAGCAAAUUGAGAAGACUAUCCAGUAUCUCAUUGGCUCAGGAAUGGAUCCGAAAACGGAAAACAACCCGUAUCUUGGUUUCAUCUACACUUCCUUUCAAGAGAGGGCUACAUUCGUCUCCCAUGGAAAUACUGCCAGGCAAGCCAAAGAGCACGGCGACCUGAAAUUGGCACAGAUAUGCGGCACAAUAGCUGCAGAUGAAAAACGCCAUGAAACUGCCUACACAAAGAUUGUGGAGAAGCUCUUCGAGAUUGACCCGGAUGGCACUGUUAUGGCUUUAGCUGACAUGAUGAAGAAGAAGAUAUCUAUGCCGGCCCACUUGAUGUACGACGGGAAGGAUGACAAUCUUUUCGAACACUUUUCGGCAGUUGCCCAGAAGCUCGAAGUUUACACUGCCAAGGAUUAUGCUGAUAUCUUGGAGUUUCUGGUGGGAAGAUGGAAGAUUGAGAACUUGAGUGGUCUUUCCGGUGAGGGCCAAAGAGCACAAGAUUUCGUGUGUAGAUUGCCUCCGAGGAUUAGAAGGUUGGAGGAGAGAGCUCAGGGAAGGGCCAAGCAAGCAUCAUUGGUUCCUUUCAGCUGGAUAUUUGGUAGAGAAAUCAAGAUUUGAAGUGCUGCUGCUGGGUUUGGUCACCAAUCAAUCACCCUGCCUAUCUCAUCACAUAUAGUACUAGCAACUCAGUAAUAGAUAAAGAGAUAGGAUAGAAUAUCCCUAUGCUGCAUUUCAACCUUUUUUUUUCUUUUUCCCUUUCUUUCUUUUGCUUCUUUCGUUGUCAGAUGGGUUUGGGAGUGCGAUGUGAUCAAGACUUUGUAGAUACUGUUUGUUUUUUCUGUUGGUUGUUAAAGAUCAACUGAAAAAGAGAACCAUGAAUACUUGUGUUUGUUUCAAGCUUUCUUAUUUCUUUUUUAUAGUCCAAAAUUUCUAAGGAAAAAAAAAAAGUGUUAGUACUUUGUAGUAGUUCAAGUUUACAAUUUGUGCCUUUAAUAAAAGAAUAAGCUUCUUCUA